UCAUCUCUCGCGCUUAUCCUUUAAACGAGUGUGGUGAAUGGUGAGUGUGACUUGGAGGACCCAUCACCGCAACAUUACAGCUUAGAUCUCGAUAACCACAACUCACUAGCGACACUUUCGAUUGGAUCUUCUCCAAAAUUUCACCUUUCUCAAAUUUUCCAACGAGAUCUUCUCUCAAAGGCUCAUCCUUUUGUUCUGAAUUCUUUAUACUGCGGUGCCCAUUUAUCUAUUUCUUUUGUGGGAGAGAACUCGAAGUAUUUCGGAGUUUGUUGAGCGAUCUGAGAUUUUGGAGUUUUGAAAAAAAUGGGGAGCUCAAUGGAGGAGAAAGUGGUUGCUGUGAUCAUGGUCGGUGGUCCAACCAAAGGUACUCGGUUUCGACCAUUGUCACUGAACAUUCCAAAGCCUCUGUUUCCAAUUGCGGGACAACCAAUGGUGCAUCAUCCAAUUUCAGCUUGUAAAAGAAUUCCAAAUUUAGCUCAAAUAUAUCUUGUUGGCUUCUAUGAGGAAAGGGAAUUUGCACUUUAUGUCUCAGCCAUCUCUAAUGAACUCAAAGUUCCUGUUAGAUAUCUGCGAGAAGACAAACCACAUGGUUCAGCUGGUGGGCUGUAUCACUUUAGAAAUCUAAUUAUGGAGGAUAGCCCGUCUCAUAUCUUCCUGCUUAACUGUGAUGUUUGUUGCAGUUUCCCCUUGCCGGAAAUGCUUGAGGCUCACAGGGGAUAUGGUGGAAUUGGAACUCUUCUUGUGAUCAAGGUCUCUCCUGAAUCAGCCAGCCAAUUUGGAGAAUUGGUUGCAGAUCCAGUUACUAAUGAGCUGCUUCAUUACACUGAGAAACCCGAAACUUUUGUCAGUGAUCGUAUUAACUGCGGUGUUUAUGUCUUUACACCUGAAAUUUUUAAUGCCAUAGGAGAUGUGUCUACUCAGAGGAAAGAUAGAGCAACUCUAAAACGUGUUUCCAGCUUCGAAGCUCUUCAACCGGCGACAAGGAUCCCGACUGAUUUUGUAAGACUGGAUCAAGAUAUCCUUUCACCUCUAGCUGGAAAGAAACAGCUAUAUACAUAUGAGACAAUGGACUUCUGGGAGCAAAUUAAGUCUCCCGGAAUGUCGCUGCGGUGUUCCGGACUCUAUCUUUCCCAAUUCCAUUUGACCUCUCCCCAACUGUUGGCUAGUGGUGAUGGAACAAGGAGUGCCAUUGUAAUUGGUGAUGUUUACAUACAUCCUUCUGCAAAAGUACACCCAACUGCAAAGAUUGGCCCCAACGUCUCAAUCUCUGCAAAUGCUCGUGUUGGACCGGGUGUCAGGCUUAUCAGCUGUAUCAUUCUUGACAAUGUUGAGAUCAUGGAAAAUGCAGUGGUGACUAACGCAAUUGUUGGGUGGAAAUCUUCUAUCGGGAGAUGGUCCCGCGUCCAGGCUGAGGGAGUCUACAAUUCCAAACUCGGAGUUACAAUUCUCGGAGAGUCGGUAGCAGUUGAAGACGAGGUUGUGGUGACCAGCAGUAUUGUUCUUCCAAACAAGACACUCAAUGUCAGUGUUCAAGACGAGAUCAUUUUGUAAUUGGAACAUGAAACCAACCCAGUGGGGAGCCACAUCAUCUCCCAUCUGACUGAAAAAUCUACUGGAGAAUCACAGAAGCAAAAAUUUGGGAACUAAUUCACAUGUAUCAUCAUAUAUUUACACCAAGAAUUUUCCAACUUUGUAUUAAAUUUCAUUAUCUUUACUCACAGUCACAGCUACUGUAAAAGGCACACAGAAUUUUUGCCCAUGAUAAUAAAGCAUUUUGUAGUUUGGCAUUGUAA